UUCUUUAAUUCCAGUCGAUGUUUUGAGAAUGUGGUAUAAAAAGCGCCCUCUAUCGUCGCCAUAAUAUUUGUCAACAUGGCAAAAGUUAAGGCAAAGGAUCUCCGUGGCAAGAAGAAGGAGGAACUAACAAAGCAGUUGGAUGAACUGAAAAAUGAACUUGGUUCAUUGAGGGUUGCUAAAGUGACUGGUGGUGCAGCAUCCAAACUGUCUAAAAUCCGUGUGGUGAGGAAGUCUAUUGCCCGUGUGUUGACAGUGAUCCACCAGACCCAGAAGGAGAACCUUAGGAAAUACUACAGAUCAAAGCGUCUAAAGCCCACAGACCUCCGUCAAAAGAAGACCCGCGCCAUGAGGAGGGCCCUGACACCCUACGAAAAGUCCAUCAAGUCACGGAAACAACAGCGCAAAGAAAGACUCUACCCCUUGAGAAAAUUCGCAGUUAAACAAUAAAUUAUAUGGUGUAGAGUU